AUGCAGGCUGCUAGUGCAUUUGCGACCUGUCUCUUGGCUUCAGUAGGUGGCAACACCAGCGCCGUCGCCUUUCCAAACCAAGCCAACUAUUCUACUCUCGUCGCGCCGUACAAUUUCGACCUUCUCACGACCCCGUCCGCCAUUGUCUGGCCCCAGGAUACGCAGCAGGUAGCGGCCGCUGUCAAAUGUGCCGUGGAUUCAGACAUCAAAAUCCAACCGAAAAGCGGCGGACACAACUAUGGCAACUAUGGAUCAACCACCAGCGAGCUGUCUGUGAAUCUGGAUAAUCUGCAGCACUUCAGCAUGGAUGAAACCAGCUGGACUGCUAGAUUGGGACCAGGUAACCGCCUAGGCCGAGUCACCGAGCUCAUGUAUAACAACGGUGGUCGACAUGUUCCACAUGGGACGACCUUCACGGUGGGACUCGGUGGACAUGCCACUGUUGGAGGUGCCGGAGCGGCGUCACGCAUGCACGGGCUGUUGCUCGACUAUGUGGAGGAGGUAGAAGUUGUUCUGGCCAACUCAUCCAUCGUGCGAGCGUCCAAGUCACACAACGAGGAGCUUUUCUUUGCCGUGCGUGGCGCCGCUUCAAGCGUCGGCAUUGUGACCGACUUUUCUAUACGUACCGAGCCCGUUCCUGCAUCCAGUGUCACCUACUCUUAUGUCUGGGAGGGGACAGAUCCAGCAGCCCGCGCAGAAGUAUUCUUGACUUGGCAGUCAUUGCUCGCCGGCGGCUCUUUGCCCCAACACAUGGCCUACGAUCUGGUUGUGACGGCGAAUAGCAUGAUACUGGGUGGGGCCUACUUUGGCAGUCAGGAGGAAUUCGAGGCUUUUAACCUCAGCAGCCACUUUAAAUUAGCGCCAGACGUCACACAUAUAAAAACCUGGACCAACUUCUUCGACUUCUCCGCCGCCGCAAGCGCUCAGACUGAGGCGGCUGGGAUUGCCUCCCCGUCCCAUUUCUAUGCCAAAUCUCUCGUCUUCAAUCAACAGACACUCAUACCUGAUGAUACUGCUGAGAAGGUCUUCAAGUACUUAGCCACGACCAAAAACUGUACUGAUUUGUACGCGGUCACUUUCGCGGCAUUGGGUGGUGCCGUGAGGGACGUCUCGCCAUCAGAAACGGCCUUCUAUCACCGCGAUGCUUCAUACUUUAUGUUCUCCUUUGGAAGAACUAGUGGAAGCCUGACCGACACGACGGUGCAGUUCCUGGAUGGGUUGAGCAAAGUUCUGACUAGUGGGCAACCCGAUGCCUACUAUGGCCAGUACGUGGGGAAUGUGGAUCCCAGACAACCAACUGACAAGGCAUUGACGGGGUAUUAUGGCAAGAAUCUGCAUCGCCUGCAGCAGGUCAAGUCUGCGGUAGACCCGAAUGAUGUUUUCCAUAACCAGCAGAGUAUCCCACCUCUGCCCUAG